GCACUUUUCUCCAGCCAAUCAGAAGAAUUAUUACAACGGCAUUUUACAAGAUGGCUGAACAGCAAGUUUCGUGGCUGGACCAAAAUGAAAAACUUUUGCCAUUAUUAGAAAAACCUCACCUAAAAGGAGAAGAAUGGUAUGUCAUAGAUCAUAGGUGGUUAAAGCAGUGGAAAGAUUAUAUAGGAGCUAAUGAUGUACCCGGUGGACAGGAGACUAACUAUCCGGGUACUAUAAAUAAUGAAAAUAUUAUCGAUAAAACUCUCGAUCCUUUGCCGGAUUAUGGUCAUUUCGUUCUGCACAAUAUAUCUGAGAACGUCAACUACUCAUAUGUUCCUAAGGAGGUCUGGACGACGCUUAAAAAUGUCUAUGGCUAUCAUCAAAUGCAUCCAAUAAAGAGGGAAGUUGUUGAAAUGGGAGAUUCACAAACACCGACAAUUGAAUUACACUUAAUACAUGUACGACUCACAAGAAUAGAAGAUAGAAAUAACUUGGAUAUUGCGAAAGAUAAAUACUAUAGUUGUAAAGUAACGAUAGACACCGUCUGUCAAGACACUAUAAAACUUUUCGACUGCAAAGGGGUCAAAAAUUAUCGUAUUUGGUCUAAAUAUAAAAAAUGGACGCUUCUGAAGGGGAAGUAUAGUUUAGAUCAAGUUGGUUUAAAGGAUGGUGAAAUUCUCUAUCUGGAAACAACAAAAAGUUCAUCUUUCGAUUGCCAAAAGCAACCGGACAUAUUAGCUUUCCAGAAUGGAACUGAGGAAGAACCUAUGGAUUAUUGUGAAGAUCAAGAAAUGGACAAUUAUGAUGAAAUGAGCGUUGUAUCUCCUUGUGGCCUAUCGAACAUGGGAAAUACUUGUUUCAUGAAUAGCGCUCUGCAAUGUCUUGUCUCAGUCGGGACAUUGACGCAUUAUUUCGUUUCAAACAAAUGGAAGCAGGAUUUGAACAAAAGCAAUCCGUUAGGAAUGAGAGGAGAAGUUGCUAAAGCCUACGCUGAUCUCGUCAAAGAAAUGCACUCUUCAGCAAAGCAGAUGCAUUCUGUUCUACCUAGACAAUUUAAGAUAGCUGUUUCGCGAUUUGCUCCACAGUUUUCAGGCUGGGCACAGCAUGAUUCCCAAGAACUUUUAGCUUUUUUAUUAGACGGUUUACACGAAGAUUUAAAUAGGAUAAAGGACAAACCAUAUGUGGAAACUAGAGAGGCAGACGGGCGUCCAGAAGAUAAAGUCGCACGAGAUUCUUGGAAGGAUUAUACUAAGCGUAAUGACUCAGUAGUUGUUGAUACCUUCCACGGACAACUUAAGUCAACACUAGUCUGUCCAAAAUGUUCUCAUGUUUCGGUUACUUUUGAUCCUUUUUGUUAUUUAAGUUUGCCUUUACCUCAAAUUCGAAAUCGUUGUAUAACGAUUAUUCUCUUAGGAAAAAGUCCCAUAUCAGAGCCUACUGAACUUCAUGUGAAAGUUGAAAAACAGGGUCGAAUACUGAAUUUAUGUGAAAGUGUAGCCCAAGCAGCUAAUGAUAGACUGCCAAAAGACAGUAAAGAAAGGAUUAACCAUGAAAAUCUUAUUGUUGUUGAGGUUCAUAGUGGCCAUAUCUCUAAGAUAUAUAACCCAGGCGAUGCAGUAUCAAUGAUAAUGGAUAAGGAUUAUAUUAGAGUAUUUGAAUUAGCAGCUGUCGAAAGAGGAGUUCCUAGAGAUAAGUAUAAACUAAUCGGUGUUUAUGAGCGUGUUCCUGCGGCGAACUCCUACCACAAAUCCUUUAAAACAGUUGGAAACCCCUUCGUCUUAGCCGUUCCUAUAGAAAUCAAUUAUGACACUUUACUGGAUAUGAUUCUUGUGCGUAUGAAGCGAUAUAUCAAACAUAGUGACAAAAUAGAAAAGUUUGAGGAAGUUAAUAAGCUGAAUGGUGAAAGUGAAGACGCAUCUGAACCUUUUGCUUUGAGAUUGGUCAACAUGUACGGCAAUGCUCAAGUAGCAGAGAUGACUUUAAAGACUCCUUUGAAACAAAAUGAGAAUGUACAAUAUGUUGCUUUGGAUUGGGAAUCUGAUGAAAAUCGAAAGUUUUUCCUAGAUCCACAUGAAGAACGCUAUGUAAAAAAAGAGGAUGCCCCGGCAAACUUGCGCGUAAAAGAUUUACAGUUAAAUGAUUGCUUGGAAUUAUUUACGAGUGAAGAAAAAUUGUCGGAAUCGGAUCCGUGGUACUGUCCAAAAUGUAAAAAACAUCAGCAAGCAACAAAAAAGUUAGAUUUGUGGUCACUACCUGACAUCUUAGUAGUGCAUUUAAAACGUUUCUCUUAUUGUCGCUGGUGGAGAGACAAAAUUGAUUCAUUAGUAUAUUUCCCGACUAAAGACCUGAAUUUGAAGAAAUACGUUUUGGAUCCAUCAAUUGACGAGGAAGAUGCGAUCUAUGAUUUAUUAGCAGUAUCCAAUCAUUUUGGAGGAAUGGGAGGAGGCCAUUAUACAGCCUUUUCUCGACGAGGAACGAAAUGGGUGAAUUUGGAUGAUUCUUGCGUUAGUCGUAUUGCAGAAGAGUCAGUCGUGAACCGGUCUGCGUAUGUUUUAUUUUAUGAAAGACGCAAUCCCAAGAAACGCACACUACACUGCAACUGAAUGAAUUUGACAAUUUGUGUACUCUUUUUUAAUUAAUAGUCAAAUUUACCUUACUAAGGAGUAUAUUAUAAAUUAUUAAAUUCAAAGGUUUAUUUGAUGACUAAAAGUUGCGCGCAAUUUGUGUUUAAAAUUUGUAAUUGAAACAGUUCUAUUGGCAACCUCAAAGGGACAAUAUUAAAUAUUUAAAUUUAUGUGUUAUUGAACAUUAAAUGUAACUUAAUCCUAUUAUUAUUCGGAUAUCGAUUCGAAAAACUAUCAUUGAAUAGUUUGAGUAAUAAGCAUUAAGUUUUUCUCUGAUCCUAAAGUAUUAGAUGGAAGUGAUAAAAAGAAAAGUUAUACUCUUAAAAACAUUAUCAUGUCUUGAAACUCAAUGGAAUUAACUUCUGCAGAAUGUUAAAUACUGUAUAUAGUUUUAUUUAGGUCUUUUUCCGUAUUCACAGAUUAUCAACAUCAAGUAUAAGUACAGUAUAUACUGUUAUAAAAUGUAUUUACGGUAGGACUAUGCAAAGCUUUCCCUCUGAAGAUUUUCUGUGACUAAACAAGAAUACAUUAUUAUGAGUUAUAUCAAGAAACCUAUGGGUGUUUUCAACAAAUUUACUCUCAAUUUCAUGAAUUGAUUUUUCCGAAUCGGUUGCAAAUUGUUAAAAUUUUAGACGACUAAACACAAAACGGAUUUUAUCAUAUCUAAUCGUUGCCUGAUGCAUGAAACAAAAUGAAAAAUAUGUUGGCUUUAAAUCACCGGCUGACACGUUUUUCAUUUCGUUUCAACAUUCAGUUCAAUAGCCUACUACAGUGAAUUUCUCAUGUAUUACAUAUCAUAUAACUUGACAGUAUUAUAAAUUGGUAAAUAGUUGUAGAAUUAGAUAGAAAUUUUACAUCUGAGAAGGUAGCUGGCUGCAUGACGUGUCAAUCAAUUAAAGAUUUAACCAGGAAGAGAGCUGACAGAAGCACUUAUGUUUAUAUCUAUAUCUCUCCUUCAGCCUUUCAACCUACUUUAAUUAAUACUUUACAAUCAUAAAUAAGUCAUGACCGAACAAAAAACCGAAUUUUUUUUAAGAGAAACAGGAACCAAAUAUCUUUUAAUUCACAAUUGAAAAUGGAAACAAACGAUGAGAGAAUUAAACCAUAAAGAUAAAGUACGCCCACAGAAUAAGAUUAGAAUAAUUGUGACAGAACGUAUCAAAAGUCAAAGCUCUAAAGAAAAUAAAACAUCAAUCAAGGACACUGUAAUUAUGUCGAAGACAGAUUUAAUAUUCUGUGCAUUAAACAGAUUUAACAAAAUCUAUAUACUAAUAAUUGGUGUAACAUGGACACAAGUUAACUCAGGCUGAGGGAUUAAGUUGUUUAAAAUCUAUUAAAUUAUGUACAAUUUGUUUAUAAUUACUAUGGUAAUUGAAUAGGCGCACAUGACAUAGAAAUGUAAUCAUAAGUGAUCGGUUUUAUUACUUUACAUGAUAUGAAAUCUUGUGUAUAGACUUUUUCUGUGAUAAAUUAAAUAAUUGAACAUUUUUAAUUUGAUAUUUUUAGAUACUGUGACGUAGAUGUAAAGAUGCCGACUGUCUUAAGAAUUAAAUAAUUGGCUGAUUUUUGUUAAGACGAUAUCAUGUAUGACUAAAUUUUUAUGAACUCAUUUCAUACAUGAGAAUUACCUAUAUAUUAGGAUUUUUAUCAAAAAAUAAUUCAUUCGAUUACUUAUUCGAUGAUAUUUAUGUAAUUGAUGGUUGCGGUUUUUAUCUAAAAGUUAUUAAACUUACAAGUCUUAUAUAUAGAUAUCAGUUGUCUGUCAUUAAAAAACUAUUCUUCUUUGAAA